ACCGACCUGCGCAGGCGCGGGGCCAGCCCGCCGGGGGACCCUGGUGGCGUGGGAGGAGUUGGGGGCCCCGUGAUCCCCGGGGCGCGUGGGGCCCGGGCCGAGGCGCACGGGAAGGGACGCCCCCGGCCGUCCGCGCGCUCCGCGAGGCCCCGACUUCUGCGCAGGCGGCGCGCCAGUCUCCAGAAAUGUCUUUUCUCCAGGAUCCCAGUUUCUUCACCAUGGGGAUGUGGUCCAUUGGUGCCGGGGCCCUGGGGGCUGCUGCCUUGGCCUUGCUCCUGGCCAACACCGACGUGUUCCUAGCCAAGCCUCAGAAAGCCAGCCUGGAGUAUCUGGAGGACAUAGACCUGAAAACAAUAGAAAUGACACCAAAGACUUUCAAAGCGAAGGAGCUCUGGUCAAAGAGCGGAGCCGUGAUCAUGGCCGUGCGGAGGCCCGGCUGCUUCCUCUGCCGAGAGGAGGCGGCAGACCUGUCCGCGCUGAAACCCAAGCUGGAGGAGCUGGGUGUGCCCCUCUAUGCGGUGGUGAAGGAGCAGGUGAAGACGGAGGUGAAAGACUUCCAGCCGUACUUCAGUGGAGAAAUCUUCCUGGAUGAGCAGAAAAAGUUCUUCGGUCCUCAGAAGCGCAAGAUGAUGCUUAUGGGAUUUGUCCGUCUGGGUGUCUGGUCUAACUUCUUCCGGGCCCGGAAGGGAGGCUUCUCUGGAAACCUGGAAGGGGAAGGCUUCAUCCUUGGGGGAGUUUUUGUGGUAGGAGCAGGAGAUCAGGGCAUUCUCCUUGAGCACCGGGAGAAGGAAUUUGGAGACAAGGUAGACCCUGCUUCUAUUCUGGAAGCCGUUCGGAAGAUCAAACCAUCAGGCUCGGAGCAUAAGUGAUGGAGUGCAGGGCCCAGCUCAGGGAUAACCAAGGGCUAGUAGUGGGCUUCGGGAGACUUCCGCUCUCGGCACUAAAGCGGUCGAGACCCACCUAGACGAUAGUCUCAUCAGGCAUCAUUAACACGUUGUAUCUGUUUAGGUGCCCAGCAUGGCACAGUAGCCCCCAAACAAGACUGAUGAAGAUCCUGAGAAGCUUGUGAGGGUUAUUACAGCCAAAACCUGGAAAAUACACGGCAUAAAGUUGAGUGUUGAAUCUCAUUACAAACAUACAUGGUGUUUGAGUGCUAUUAUUUGAAAUGAUUUUUAUUUUCGUGUCU